AAAAAAGUCCGUGACGAAGGCACGUCUUUACGAGUAGAGCACAGAGUAUGAUACAGCUGGGAGGGGAGUGGAUUCAAUCCAUGUUUGUUUGUCCGAGGGAGAGGGAAACCCGACGAGAGGGACUCGGUGUGCGAGUGGCAGAGUCUUAAAACAUAAUCGGUAUACCAAACAACGAGAAACAAGAUUCACGACAAUUCGGAAUUACUUAUCGCCUCCACAUGCUGUAGCAUGACAAGGACCAUUUUUACUGUAUAGAAUUGUUUCCAUGCUUAAUACCAUUGACCAGUAUGGCUGUUCCGCAAUCACCAUCAAUGUCUGACCGAACACCAUUUUCCCCUGGGAGAUCUCGCCGGCGUAACAGACCGACAAAGUUUGAGUUUAAAUUGAAUUACCCUACAUUGGAAUAUGACCUGCCUAAUGGAAUGAUUCCCUUUGAAUCUCAGGUUGGAGGUCAUGCAUUUGGAGAUAAAAAUGACACCAUUGGUAUGUUGAAGAGUGGGGAUGGUCUCAUCUAUAAACCAAUUGAAAAGCCUCUACUUGGUGAACGAGAAAUCAUGUUUUAUGAAAAGCUGCAAGACACUACAGAUCCCUUGAUGCUUGAGCUCCGUCAAUUCACCCCACAGUAUUAUGGAACCAAAGAACUAGAGCUUGGUGACAAAUGUAUUAAAUUUCUCAUACUGAAAGAUUUGACCGAGGGAAUGUCUGAACCAUGUGUAAUGGACGUAAAGAUUGGUCGACGAACUUGGGAUCCGCUGGCUGGUCCUGCGAAGAGAGCUGGAGAGGAAAAAAAAUAUGCUGAAUCUAAGAAUGAAUACGGGUUUUGUAUACCAGGAUUCCAAGUGUGCAGACUUUCUACUGGUUUUAUAAAAAAAUAUGACAGAGACUAUGGCAAAAAACUAGAUAAGCAAAUGGUUGUCGAUGCAAUGGAAUUAUUCCUCAAUGCCAAGCCAGGACAGCCGCCUUGUCGCAAUUUAAUUGUAAAACUACUGUCUACACUAUGGAAAAUUUUGGCCUUUUUUAGAUUGCAAACCAAAUUUAGGUUCUAUUCAAGUUCCAUAUUACUUGCAUACGAUGCAAAACGUUUGCGGCAACAAUCUAGUCCUGUUAAUGGUAAAACAUCCAAUAACAAUGGUUCGCCAAAUGCUAAUAAUUACUUCAAUCUAUCUCCAAUUGCGAGAUCGCCGUCCUUGAAAUUAAAUAUUCGACCAGUGCUCUCUUUGGGGGACGCAGGGUUUUCUGGCCAACUGACAGAGAGUGGGCCUGUUUUUGCAAAAACACUCAACAACCACUCUCCAAUUGCUACUCCAACGAUGUCGCCAAUUUUUAUGAGACGAAACAAAAGUAAAUCAGUGAAACGAUCCCACAGCCUCAAGAGAAGCGACAGUCUAAAAAGAUCUGAAUCCUUUCAUCAGUCCCCGAGUCCAAACAAUUCACCAGAGCCUAGUUUAGUGAGAAAUGACUCGUGCGGAAGGGGUAUGAAUAUUGUUGUUGAAAAAUUGUGUCGUACACACUCUUACAUGAACAAUUUCGACAAAGACAUUAUUAAAAUGAAAGAAGAUUACGCUAAUUUGCUCGAUGAGCUCACUACAACCCCUGAAGAGAAACAAAAUUGGGUCCGAGUAAAUAUGAUUGACUUUGCUCACGUUUUUCCUGCAGAAAACGAUGGCUUAGAUACUAAUUAUCUGGAGGGAAUACAGAACCUAAUUAAAUUGUUGGAAAGUUUUUUGACACCAGAAUGAGAUAUGUCUAUAUAACUAUUUAUUAUGAUACCCCGGUGAUAUGUAUGUUCCAGGUAAGCUAGCUUUAUUCUCAUUUUCCAAUGCAUAAAAAGUUGGAGUGAUACGAUCAUAAUUAGCUUAUAAGUAAGCUAAAAGGACCAUUCAUAACCCAAGUACUGUUAUUAGUGUGAAUUAUAUACACGAACUUUGGGGAAUGUACGAAAUAAAAUUUUUUAUGAUAUUUACUUGGUC